GAGGAGAAUCAUUUCUAGCAUCUGUGGCAGCUAAACCAGAGAAGAAACCAACGAUGCGUAGUUUCACCAAAGUGCUUCUGCUCCUGGCUGCUGUGGUCUGCAUCUCUACUGCCCAACUCCGGGAAGGAAGACGGGGAUGUUUGUGUCGGCGUACCAGGAGCAAAAUACCUGGCAAGCCGUCUGACGUGCAGGACGUCCAGAUCUAUCCAGUGACCAUAUUCUGCGACACCGUGGAGAUCAUUAUCACUCUCAGAGAUGGCCAGCGUCACUGCCUUGACCCCAAGAAGGAACAACUGGCUGUGCUCUUGGCUGAUUUGGUAGCAAAGAGAAGAAGCUCUCCCACAUCCAGCUCAACUGAGACCAGCUCCUUGAAAAGCAGCACUGACUCAGCUUGAUUCUGACUCUCUGACUCAGGAGUCUCAGUCUGACUCCCAACAAAUGCACCUUACAACCUCUGAUAAAUGUUAGAACACAGUCCAAGUAUAGAUGCUGUAUACAAUGCCUCAUUAUGUAUUUAUCUUCUCUAUUUGUCUAUUUAUACAAUUGUGCUAAUAUCUGUUUUUAUGUAUUUUCUAUUUUGUCAUGUAAAUAGUUGAUAUCCAGAUGUCAGUUCCUCUAAGCUUUUAUGUAUUUUUAAACUAGUUGUACUGUAUUUUGUUACUGG